AAUCACAUCGCACUUACAAUACGCUAAAGUCCAUCCGUUAUGUAUAUAUCUUUGCUGCCUUUUGAAAACUUCUAGAGCUUUCCCUUCUUCUUUAACCGACUUUAUAUCACAAUAAAUACCAACCAUAACUUCCAUAUAUUCCCUUGUUCGUUGCCACAUUAAUUUCCCUUUCGUUUUAAAUGGUUGGAGUCAGUCAGGUUAUCUGAGAAUGGAUGGUUAUAGAGAAGGGGCAUUAUCGUCAUCUUACUACAAUAUUCUUGGUGUUAGUUCAGACUCUUCUAUAGAUGAGAUAAAGCACGCUUACAGGAAGCUUGCUAUGCAAUGGCAUCCAGAUAGGUGCAUAAGAAUGCCUUCUGAAUUAGGUGAAGCAAAAUCUAAAUUUCAGAAAAUUCAAGAAGCCUAUUCGGUGUUAUCUGACCCUAAAAAAAGAACGAUGUAUGAUGCUGGCUUGUAUGAUCCUCAAGAGGAAGAGGAUGAGGGAUUUUCUGAUUUUGUGGAAGAAAUGGUGGCCAUUAUGGCUCAAGUUAAGCGAGAGGAGAAGGUUUACGGAUUGGAGGAGCUGCAGGCCAUGUUCAUGGAAAUGGCUGAAGGAUUUCAAUCUACUUCAAUGUAUUGUGGGACACCAUCGGUGGUUGAUGAAUCCUGUGUCAACAGAGGUGGUGUUUUGACACAACCGUCACUGAUAUAGGCUACACCACAUUCAUGAAACAAGGAGUUAUUGUAAUUAACGGUUGCAUUGUGUUGUUUUCAUUCUAAGAGAAAUACCAGUUAGUUUGUACAUAUCCGUUUUUGUGCUAGUUAAAGGGGUUUGAAAAAGAAAGAUGGCCGUGAUUGUUGGAAGUUAUUUUAAUUAUUUUAAUUUUAAUUAAUAAUUUAACAUCCACAUCUUCGAUUGA